AUGUCCAACGACAUCGCUGAUAAGACGGCGUCGCAGCCGCAUGACAACAUCCACGUCGAGAAGGGCCCUUCUCACAUCCACCAGUUCAGCCAUGUCGCCCUCGACGACAAGGGCCUCAAUUCCGAGGCCCACGAGGGCACCAACAUCGAGCACAGCUUUGGUCUCUGGCAGGGUCUGAAGACCUACAAGCGCGCCGCUUUCUGGUCGAUCCUCAUCUCGACCACAGUCAUCAUGGAGGGUUAUGACGUGACCCUCAUCGGUUCCUUCUAUGGCUACCCUGCGUUCCGUGAGAAGUAUGGCGAAUGGCUUGAUGAGGAGAACGGUUACCAGAUCUCAUCCUCCUGGCAACAAAAGUUCAACGCCAUUGGCGCCGUGGCCAACAUUGUCGGCGCCCUCAUGAACGGAUACUUCACCCCUAAAUAUGGCCACCGCAUGGUCCUCAUCAUCUCACUCGUCUGGCUGGCCGCCUUCGUCUUCAUCGUAUUCUUCGCCCACAACAUUGAGAUGCAAUUGGCUGGUCAAAUACUCUGCAAUGUACCCUGGGGGGUGUUCGCCACGACUGGCCCCUCCUACGCGGCUGAGGUCACCCCCUUGGCUAUCCGUGGCUACUUGACCUCCUACGUCAACCUUUGCUGGUGCAUCGGCCAAUUCAUCUCGGCCGGUGUCCUCAAGGGGCUUGUCGAUGUCGAGGGCCAAUGGAGUUACAAGAUUCCUUUUGCUAUCCAGUGGGUCUGGCCCAUUCCGCUCAUCAUUGCGGCUUGGAUGGCCCCUGAGUCUCCCUGGCACCACGUCCGCAACGGCGAUCUCGACGCCGCAAAGAAGUCACUUGAACGGCUCUCGGAGCCCGAACACAACGUAGACCACGAUGCCACGGUGGCCAUGAUGGUGCACACCAACAAGCUUGAGAUUGAAGAGCAAGCGGGCGCCACCUUUUUCGACUGCUUCAAGGGCACGAAUCUCCGCCGUACCGAGAUCGCCUGCAUGGCUUUCAUGUCUCAGAUCACCAAUGGCGGUGCCCUCUGCUAUUCUGGCUCCUUCUUCUUCCAGCAGACCGGUAUUGAUGCUUCUACCUCGUAUGCGAUAAGCUUGGGAGGCACUGCCAUUGCCUUCGUCGGCACCUGCAUUUCCUGGCUCUACAUCUACAAAUUUGGCCGCCGGGCCAUCUGGCUAAGCGGCUUCACUUUGCUCGUGGCUUGCUUGUGGAUCAUCGGUUUCCUCUCAGUCGCCCCGAACCAAACACAGGGUGUCAUCUGGGGACAGUCGAUUCUGUGCGUGGUCUGGCUCGGAUUUUAUUCCAUGACUGUUGGCCCCAUCGUGUACACGCUUGUGUCCGAAGUCGGCUCGACCCGUCUUCGGACCCAGACGGUCGUGCUGGGUCGCAGCACAUAUUAUGUAGGCAACAUCAUAUGUGGCGGUCUCAUCCAGCCCAAGAUGCUGGCACCUGGCGACUGGAACUUGAAGGGAAAGACUGCAUUCUUUUGGGCCGUCCUCGCCACCGUUACUUUGAUUUGGGGCUUCUUCCGCUUGUUCGAGACCAAGGGCCGCACCUUUGGCGAAAUGGAUGUCAUGUUCCAGAAGGGCGUCUCGGCUCGCAAGUCAAGCAAGUACGAGCUCACCUCGGAGGACAUGUUCGUGGCCGAGAGAGUUCAGCCUCUCAGCCGGAACGUGUCGGAGAAGGUUUGA